AUGCCUAAAUCGACGUAUCUAGAUCUAGUCAAAGCAUGCGACAACUUUCCGUAUGAUGACUCGGCCGGACCAAUAUACAAGCUCUAUCUUCCCAACGAUGAUAGGCCCCACGGCUUCAUGCUGCCCGAGAUCGUCGAGAACAUGCCAUGGACGGACGACUUUGAGGUGGACAACGAGAAUUUGACGGUCCAACUGCAACAACGACCGUCAACUUCUUCCACCACCGCUUUUGCAAGGGUCAUCAAUUCCGCCAUUGAGAACGAUGUCUUCGACACGCUGCACGGCAAACACAGCGAACUCUACCCCAUUCUAGGAGCAAGGCAUCCCGUACAGUUUGAGCGCUUCGCCGGCGAUCUCUUUGGCUUCAUAGCCCGCGGUGCUCAUCUCACCAUCUACACCGUCACCGAUCGCGGCAUGAUGAUCUGGGUGCCGCGGCGAAGCUCGCACAUGUUCACCUACCCCAACAAGCUCGACACGACUGUAGCCGGGGGCGUGCCGGCUCAUCAGACGCCGUUUGAAAACGUCGUCCAGGAAGCCGAUGAGGAAGCAUCGCUGCCUGCAGAUCUGAUCAAGCGGGGUGUACGUGCUGCCGGCGCCCUGACGUACCAAGGGCUUUCGACCGAGUCCAAUGGUGCGAAGGAGAGUCUGAUUGUCAGCGAUGUAGUGUAUGUGUAUGACUUGGAGGUCGGGCAGGAGGUGAAACCCGUACCCAAAGACGACGAGGUCAAAGAGUUCUACCUCAUGAGCGUGGACGAGGUGAAGGCUGCGUUGGCUCGAGAGGAGUUCAAAACGAACAGUGCGGUUGUCAUGAUCGAUUUCUUCAUCAGGCAUGGCAUCAUUACGGCGGAGAACGAGGCGGAUUACGUGGAGAUUGUGACGAGGAUGCAUAGAAAGUUGCCAUUUCCGACGACCGGAUAA